CGGAGAACAAAGACGAUUGAGAACGUCCUCCUCCCUUCUCUCCCUCGGCUUGGCUUCUUCCCCGUGUCUCCUCUCCAUAUAUGCGUUCGUUUACAAAUAAUACCCGCAUUCCUGGGCCUCGAGAAGCCAACCACGCCGCGCCCGGACCGCCGUCUCCGCUUAGGGUUUCGCUCCGCGCCGAGGAGGACCCGGCAUUGCCAAUCCCAACCCGCCGCCUCCGCCCAUCAACUAGACCGCCGCCGCCGCCCCCGAGCGGUAAUCGCUUAUGGAUCUACUAAGGAAUCCUUUUAAGGGAGUCGUCGCUGAUGUCAAAGGAAGAGCAGCUUGGUAUAAGCAUGAUUGGGCUGCAGGACUCCGUUCUGGCUUUAGGAUAUUGGCACCUACCAUGUAUAUCUUCUUUGCCUCUGCACUUCCAGUCAUCACCUUCGGAGAACAAUUAAGCACGGCAACAAAUGGUAUACUCACAACAGUUGAAACAUUGGCAUCUACUGCGAUAUGUGGCAUCAUACAUUCAAUUCUUGGAGGGCAGCCUUUGUUGAUUGUUGGAGUUGCCGAACCAACUAUUAUCAUGUACGCAUAUCUCUACAACUUUGCCAAGAAGCAGGAAGGUCUGGGAGAACGGCUAUAUUUGGCGUGGACAGGAUGGGUCUGCAUCUGGACUGCUAUAAUGUUGUUUCUUUUGGCAAUGUUCAAUGCUUCCAAUGUUAUUAGCAGAUUUACAAGGGUUGCGGGAGAACUAUUUGGGAUGCUGAUAACUGUUCUGUUCUUGCAAGAAGCUAUCAAGGGGAUCAUAAGUGAAUUCAGUGUGCCUGAAAAUGCAGACAGCAGCUCACUGGCACACCAAUUCCAGUGGCUGUAUGUCAAUGGCCUACUUGGUGUCAUAUUUUCAAUUGGCUUGCUGUACACUGCAUUGCGGACCAGGCAGGCAAGGUCAUGGCUGUACGGCGUAGGGUGGCUUAGAAGCUUCAUUGCUGAUUACGGUGUCCCACUUAUGGUCAUUGUGUGGACAGCAUUGUCAUAUACACUGCCAAGCAAGGUCCCUUCAGGAGUCCCUAGGAGGCUCUUCUCUCCACUUCCCUGGGAGUCAAGUUCACUGCGACAUUGGACUGUGGCGAAGGAUUUGUUUUCUGUCCCCCUGGCGUAUAUAUUUGCAGCCAUUGUGCCUGCUUUGAUGGUUGCAGGACUUUAUUUCUUUGAUCAUAGCGUAGCUGCACAGUUGGCUCAGCAAAAGGAGUUUAAUUUGAAGAAGCCUUCUGCCUACCAUUAUGACAUUUUGGUCCUUGGAUUCGUGGUCCUACUCUGUGGAUUGAUUGGCAUCCCUCCAUCUAAUGGAGUACUUCCUCAGUCUCCCAUGCACACAAAAAGUCUUGCUGUCCUUAAGAGGCAGUUGCUACGCAAAAAGAUGGUUGAUACCGCCAAGGAGGGCAUGGAUAACAGUGUUAGUCGUUUGGAAAUUUAUGGAAAGAUGCAAGAAGUUUUCAUCGAAAUGGAUAGCGAACAGAAUACUGAUUCUGUUGACAAGGAGUUGAAGAGCUUGAAGGAUGCUGUUCUGCAAGAAGUUAAUGAACAAGGGGAAUUGGAUAUGACAUUUGACCCUCGAAUUCAUAUAGAACCCCAUUUACCUGUUCGAGUGAAUGAACAGAGACUAAGUAACCUGCUGCAAUCCUUAUUGGUUGGUGGUUGUGUUGGAGCUAUGCCAGUCAUCAGGAUGAUACCGACAUCGGUUCUCUGGGGUUACUUUGCCUACAUGGCCAUUGACAGUCUACCAGGGAACCAGUUCUGGGAGAGGAUACAGCUGUUGUUCAUUACAACAACCCGACGCUACAAGGUUCUGGAAGGUCCUCAUGCAUCGUUUGUGGAGUCGGUGAAGGCAGAAAUAAUAACUGUCUUCACGAUCUUUCAGUUGGUUUACUUCCUGGUGUGCUUCGGCAUAACAUGGAUACCGAUAGCAGGGAUCCUAUUCCCAGUGCCUUUCUUCCUUAUGAUUCUCAUCAGGCAGUAUGUCCUCCCAAAGUUUUUCGACCCAAAUCACUUGCGGGAAUUGGAUGCAGCUGAGUACGAAGAACUUGAAGGGGUCCCCCACGAGCACGCACUGGUGGAAGAAGUAUCUGAUACAGGCAGCUGUCAUAGCCGUGCUGAUGCUGAGAUAUUGGACGAACUCACAACCAAUCGUGGAGAGCUAAAGCACAGAACUUCAAGCCUACGUGAAGAAAGACACCUUCAGGUUCAUUUAAAAGCCGUUCAUCCAAGUUUGUGAAGACAGAAAAUGGUCCACGAAUGAGGCUUUUCUGUAGAGUUAAUCCUCAAGCAACAGUCCUUUGUGGUGAAUGCACUGCUGUUACUUAGUGUACUAGUAUGGUACUUGGGUUUUAAACCGAAACGCCAUGUGUGUGCAUGGUGUAGUAUGUUGGAACAGGUAUUUAGCAUAAAACUGGAGUGAUUGGGAAGACUAAGACGACAGAGCAGAUGCAAGAUAAUACUCCUAUUGGAUAUGAAAAGGGAAAUUGGCUGAAUGGGAGCGCAGUAGAAUGACGAGCUCACUAGGUUGUGCGGCACAUCUUUAAUGUUGUUGUGACGUACAGUGUAUUUAUAUAUCAUCAAUGCAGUUAGUUAUUGUUGUCCGUUUA